GGGAGCUGUAGGUACUGGGGACUGGAAGGGUGUUGCAGUGGGGCUGGAGAGGGGACUUUUAACAGGCUCUGUUACCUUGUUACUUAAAGAAGAGACAGCAAGUUCUUUAUUAAGGGUAUUGCCAAGUUCUUCACCUACUUAUUCAUCUGCAAAUUUACUAUAACUUUACUACCUCCAUCUGCAAGGAAGACCAGAGCUUAACAUCAAGUGUUUCAGGUGAACUAUCUCUUUCAUCUUUAAGCUACCAAGAGCUGUGAAAAGUGCAAGUCACAGGGGGACCAUUUUUCUCGGGUCCCCCAAAAAGAGCAGAGUGUUUGCAAGGUUGAUCAAAUUGAGAUGGAAUCUAGAAAAAGAGCAAGUGAGAAAACCAACCCCCACAAUCAAUGUCUACCUAAGAAAUAUCGACAAGAUCAGCCCACUUCCUCAAAUAAGACAAUUAGCAUCACCAUAGAUGGAAAUCAUGAGACCACUCUCAAUGCUGUCAAAGAAGAGAUAGAAAAUCAACAAGACAAAGAAAUGCUGGUGUGUGGCAAAGAAGGAAUCAAAGGGUACAUAAACCUUGGCAUACCAGAAGUCAGCCACAUGGUCAUUACAUUCUCUAAAACUGAAAGUGAGCAGAGAGAAGAUAAGCAAGCAUUUGGUUCGCAGCACCAGGUGUGUACAGACUCCAUUAAAUUUUACAUUCAUGCAGUUGGGAAGAGAAGCGAAAGGAUUCUCAAGUGUAGAGAACUUCACCAAGAGGGGAAAAAACUCUGUGUCAAUGGCCUCAAAGGAGAGUCCAUCAAGGACACUCUGAGGAAGGAUGGCAGGUUUAAUUCCUUUGUAGAGAGUGACCAUUGGAAGCUCAUUAGUGACCUGGACACCAUUAUAGAAAACACCCAGCCAAUUGAUGAGUUAGAAGGCAAACUCUUUCAGGUUGAGGUUGAGAGAAAAAAAUGUCCCCAGGCAGCAAACUCCACUGAUUUGGAGAAGCCAUCUUACUAUGAGUUAAAAGAAUACAUUGUGAACAAGUACCCCACUUUAAAGAGAGGAAGUGAAAAAAUCAGAGCAUACAUCAAGGAAGAAAGUGAAAUACAAAGUAAGAAAACUUCCUCUUUUGAAAUGCACAAAGCCAACUUUGGGAAAUUGACAAAAAACUCCACCCCAACUAAAGUGCUCAAACUUCUCUCACAGUUCAGUGAUUCAGUUGGGCUCAUAGUUUGGAACAACAAUGGAAAUGAGGGCUAUGCCACUUGUUUCGUUUUUAAAGGAUUGUAUGUUCUUACUUGUAUGCAUGUGAUAAACGACAUCGUGGGGAAAGACAUAGAGCAAAGUAAGUGGGCAGAAAAAAUUAGUCAAUGUACAAAAGUCAUUUUUGAUUAUGAAGAGUACUUGGCAAAUGAAGAAAACUGCUUUUCCGUUGAAUCUUGGUUCAUGAUCUAUGAUGACACACUCGACUAUGCUCUCUUAAAACUGGAGGAAAAUGAACAACAAGAACCUGCAGGGCUGUUUAAUGGAAUAGCCCCUGUACCAUCUAGUGGGUUAAUUUAUGUUAUUGGUCAUCCUGAUAUAAAACAGAAGCGUAGUGAUGGCUGUGUUCUGGUUUCUCAAGAUGAGCACAUUCAGAAAAGAAAAGCAGCAGACGACAGUGAUACUACACAGUAUAUCUAUAUGUACACCCAAAGAAGUUUCCAAGAAAAAGUCCGCGAACCUGGUGUGUCUACCUGGAAUAACACUUUUUAUUGUGGGUCUUCGGGAUCUCCUAUAUUUGAUUCUAAAGGAUCACUGAUAGCCAUGCACACCGCUGGCUUCAUUUGUGAGUAUGAAAGUGGGGUUUCCAGUAUCAUCGAGUUUGGCUGUGCUAUAGAAUCCAUCUUCAACCAUAUUAAGACAAAUCAUACAACGUGGUAUGAAAAGGAAUGUGCAAAUCAACAAGAUGUAGAAAUGAAUAGUCUAGAGUGUUGAGGACUGGAGAGAAGUUAGUCUGUUUUCUUUUUCCCUUUUAACGAACAGCAUUCUUAUUCUUACAAUUAUACAAUAUGUUCUUACAAUACGCUUCUACAAUGUAUUCUUCUCACAUUUACACAAUGCAUAUUGAUCAUAUCCAUCUACUGCCAUCUUUCAACUCUUCUAGGACCCCAAUCUCUAUCUCAAUUUCAUGCCUUCUUUUUAUUUUUUGCUAUUAUUAAGUUCCUGAGCCCAAUUAGUACUGCCCUUGUGCACAUAACUAUGUGGCCAUUCACUGGGACAUGAACGCCCUACCACCACCAUGUCCCCAAAAGAAAGCAGCUUUCCUUGCAUCAAUGGCCAUCUACUGUCAAUAGCUGCUCAGCAAAGGACAUUGUCCUGAAGGCCCCACUUCAUCCUUGCAGAACUUUUGAUUGACCUUGUUUAGGUAACCAUGGCUUCGGUGAGUAGACCUGCAACAUCCCUGUCAUGUCUAGAUGUCACUUUCCACAGCUCUCCUCCCACUCCUCUGGCUCUUUUGUGUCCUCUUGACCAUGAAGUUUCAUGACCUGAUCAGGGUUUAUACAGAUGACCCAUCCACAACUGAAUACUCAACAACUGAACAUCUUUAUAAGUGUUCUCUAUCUAAUUUUGAGUAUAGCACAAAUGUCCCCAUGCCUGUAGCCUAUUUUCCACUUUUUAAAAAUGUAAGAUGCUCAUUAGUUCUUUUAAAUCUAAAGCAUGCAUAUAAUGUAUUUUGAUCAUGUUUGUCUCUCUAUUCCUCUUUCUAACUUCUUCCCAUAACUUCUCCCAAAUCUACACCUCCCAACUUAAUAUCCUCAUUUUCUUUGAAAGGUAACAUUAGUCCAAUUUGUGUUACCUGUAUACUGUCAGGUAUUUGGACAUGUACUGGAGCAUGGUUGAACUAUCAGAGCCCAAAUCCUUAAGAAAACUGACUUUUUAUUCCCAAAUCAACUGCCCAAAGCUUCUCAGUGAAAGGUGGGCUUCCUAGGUCCCUUCUUGACCCAUUCCAACCAAAAAUCAGAUGAUAAUAUCUACUUUUAUAAUUAAUCUUACUUAAAGACCUUAUGAUUUUUUGGGAGUUCAUUAGUUUAUACCGAGUGUCCCCUUUUCUGUUCCCAGAUUUCAUCCACACUUACAUUUAGUUAUCCUCUAGGUUCCUGAUGGCUUUUCAGAGCUGCUGGUUUGGAUGCCCUGGCAGUUAAAAAGAGAACAGGUCAGGCAGUCUUUAGGAUGCCCCUGUAUUGGAGUCACCUGAGCCUUUCUGAUGAGUAGACAGAGGUGUGAGUUCUAAGUAGGUCAAUCACAGGCAUGUAUCAUUUUCACACUAUCACAUCCACAUGAUUCGUGCCUACUGUUAUUGACUCAUGUCACCAGCUGAAGUGGUAUUUGCCAGGUUUCUCCAUUGUGAAGACAUACCCCUUCUCUUCUUUCCACUUUUGGGUAGCACCCGUGGGAAGGAAGUCACUAUGCACAGUCUUUGUUUAAGGAGUGGGGAUUGUUUCUCUGUCCUGGCGUAGGUGUUCCUGAAGUAUCUACAUAAUCCAUUGGGACGAUUCUGCAAUGGGUAUUUCUCUCUUAUGCACUAAUUUAUUUGGUUAUUCAGAAAUAUCAGUAAGAGCACAGAAGCUGUGCCCCCAUUCCUUCCCUGCUCCAGUUUUCUGCACUUGCGUGCAUGCAUGCCAACCUCAAGGAAUGCACUGUACCUAACACAAAUUCUUUGCCUGAAUUUGUACCCAGAGAUUUAUGAAUACUAAGUGUGUCUGUAGUCUGCUGACCCCCAAGAAUUUUAAGUAAUAUAUUCUUCUCUUUUGUUUCUGUGUCUCCUUUAUCAAUGGGAGAAAUUCUUUAUAUAUAUAUGAGUGUAAUAACCUAGAUAGAUAGAUAAACAGAUGAUACACAGAUAGGACCAAGAAAUAUAUAUGUGCAAUAACCUAAAUAGAUAGAUAGAUCUAUAAAUAUUUGUAUCCAUAACUAUAUGUAUCUACAAUAAAUUACAGAAUUAUCAUGAAUGUCAUCAAAUCUGACUCAUAACUACAAAGACAAUUUCUAUCUCUUCUCAGUCCAUCUCUAUAAAUUUCCAUUCCAACUGUGAAAAAUAUGGAUCUUACCAUAUCUCAGUCAUUUAGUUAUUGAUUAAUGAGUGUAUAGAUAGAUAAAUUCAGAGGUUAUAUAGACAGACGGAUGAUAGAUAGAUAGGUAGAUAGAUAGAUAGAUGAUAGAUAAUAGAAAUAUGGAUAGAUAUAGAUCAUAUAUAAAUCAUACAUACAUACAAGUAUAGAUAUAUAGAUAAUAUAUAAUAAUAUAGAUAAUAGCUACAUAGGUAAUUACAUAGAUACAUAGGUGAUAGAUACAUAGAUAGAUAUAUACAUAAAUGCACAUAUAUGGUGAUAUACAUGAACACAUAAAUAACAUGUGUGUAGAUAAAUGCAUAGAUGUAAACUCGUAGGUAAAUAGCCAAUACAGAAAAACAAAUGUAUAGAUAUAAAAUCAGAGACAUAAAUUCAUAGAUACAUAUAAUAAAGACAUAUAAUACUUAGCUAUUGUAGCAUAUAUAUACAUAUAUAUAUAAUAGAUUCAGAACAACAGCAUAAAUGGUAAAAUUGUCUGUACUUGAAUGAGGACUAACAUAUUAUCAACUAAAUAAUGUGCUCCUGUGCAGUUCCUUUUCUUUAAUCUGACAUAUGGGAUUCUCUUCUACAGUUGAGAUGACUUCCACCCACUCCAUCUACACCUGACACACACUGGGUGAGAUUCUUUAAACGUUUGAAAUGGUUACACAAAAAUAACCUUCUGGAAUAUCCCACAUUCAUGCUGUCCUGUUAGCCUUUGAAUUCUGAAUGAUUUUUGUAAAAUUGUAUAACUUAAAGUUCACAGUGUGACAUUUACUGGAUUUAGCAGAUGUGUACUGUCCCAUGCUUGUAUAGAGCUUGUCUCUUUUCAUUACCACAUAGUGAUACACGGACUUGCUAUAACUUGUUUAGUUGUUCUGUUUUUCAAGAGAUCUCAGUUGCUUUCCGUGUUCAGUGAUUAUUAAUAAACUUCUACAAGUC